AUGGGUUUAGUCUUGAGUAGGACUAGCACUGAAUACAGUCGCACCUUGGAUGUCGAACGCAAUCGGUUCCAGAAGUCCGUUCAAUUUCCAAAACGUUCGGAAACCAAAGUGCGGCUUCUUAUUGGCUCCUGCAGUCAGUCGGAAGCCAAAGAAGCCCCAUUGAACGUUCGACUUCCAAAAAUAGUUUGCAAACCGCAGCAAUCACUUCUGGGUUUGCGGCACUUGGGAGCCAAAACAUCUGCAUUCCAGGGCUUUCAGGAUCCAAGGUGUGACUGUACUGGUUUAAGAUUCAGCUGCCCCUCCUAUCAGCUCCUAUGA